CCUCGCUACAUUAUCCCUGAUAAUCUCUGCCUGAUAAUCUGAGAGACGCCCCGAGCCAGAGAAACCAUGAGGACCGCACUGCUGAGAAUGCUGACCGCCCUCACCUGCGUGCUGGCUGCAUGCGCAGACAUCACGCCCGUACCCGACUUCAGCCUGGAGAAUAUUGCAGGAAAGUGGUACAUGGUUGGAUUUGCAACCAAUGCUCAGUGGUUUGUGAAUCACAAAGACACAAUGAAGAUGGGUACUGCCAAGUUGGCGCCAACCGACAUAGGAGACCUGGAUCUCGCCUAUGCCACUCUGAAUGCUGACGGGACCUGCUGGAGAAUGACUCAUCUGGCCAAGAAAACUGACACCCCCGGACGCUUCACCUUCCACAGCCAAGUCUGGAACAACGACAAUGACAUGCGCUUCGUUGACGUUGUGUACGACAACUAUGCUGUGGUCCACACCAUCAAGACAAAGGAGGGCGUGUCGGAGGUUCUCAACAAGCUCUACAGCCGCACUAGUGAGAUCAGCGCUGACCUGCAGCAGAAGUUCACUCAGUUCUCCCUGGACACCGGGGUCCUCGCCGAAAACAUUGUUAUUCUGCCAAAGAACGAGGAGUGUCCUGAGGCCUAAAGAGUCCUUUGUCAACUUUAAAACUCCAAUCUUCAUCUCCUCAACUCUGAAGUCCUGGUCUCUCUACUCAGAGGCAUCUUCUCCCCGCUAACUGUGUUGCCCGCUGCGUCACAAAGCUGCACCUCAGACUAUGAAUGUAGAGCCUUUAACUCUGUUCCACGCUGCAAACCAAAGAGGGGCUGAUCCCAGCUCAGUCGGUAUUCUUUUUGUAUUGUGCAUUAACAGAGGAACAAUAAAGUGUUAUCAAUGGCUAAGAGAUGUCAGAAUCUACACCAAUGGAAGGAUUAAAUGUGUUUCUUUCAUAAAAAAAAAAAUUUGCUUAAAGCCAAUAAAAACAUUCAAACACCA